AACCUAGACCUCUUGAGGUAAAUAUGAUGUCGUUUUUAUGUUCUACACUUUGGUUAAAUUCUGUCUGGCCCAAAGAAGCAGUAAUGUGCUUAAUUCUCCAAAAUCCAACUGAGAAUCACCUGAAAGUGGGCCAGCAAUUUAGGGCACAUCGUGUUUCAGAACGCCCAAUUUCAAAGCAACCCAAUUUCCCUAAGGGCUUUCUGAGCACUCAGUAAUUAACAAUUAACAAACUUCACAUGCAAUAGAAGGUUUACCCUCGGAUGGCUCGUGGGUUUGCCUUACUUUGAGUGCGAUGAAGAAAUUUACAUGUAAUUAGAACGAAAUGUGUUAAGGCUGUGAAGAUUGAAAUGGAAUAAAGUGCACUUGCUUUUUAAGGUUCUUGUGUUCGUUGAGAAUGGAUGGCAAGUUAUUAGCUAGUAGGAAUCUGGUGCAAGGAAAAUCUUCCGGCUUUCUAAAUUUGCAAGAGCCAAUGCAAGCUAAUGGCAAAAGGGUCCCCCAGCCAUUUCAAGGUUUGGUGGUUUCUCAUGAUGCACAAGCUCAAGAUGCCUUUCCCAUGAGGAAUAGAGGCGGGCGAAAAUCUGAUAUGCCAGUUUCGUUUCUCGAUGGCAAUGGCGAGGGUGAUACAACAAAGAAUUCUUGUGAUGAGGACGGCUCUUAUGCUAUGGGGGAGCAUGUCGAUGCGAAUAAUGAAAGUGAGAAAGAGAAAAAGGAGUCACCUUGGCAGCGUGUGAAGUGGACUGAUCAAAUGGUGAAGCUUUUGAUAACUGCAGUUUCUUAUCUUGGAGAAGAUGCUGGCUCAGAUAAUGGUGGUGGUGGAAGAAGGAUUUCACCACUUUUGCCAAAGAAAGGUAAGUGGAGAGCUAUCUCCAAAGUCAUGGCGGAAAGAGGAUUUCAUGUAUCGCCUCAACAAUGUGAGGAUAAGUUCAAUGAUCUCAACAAAAGGUAUAAGAAACUUAAUGAUAUCCUCGGGAGAGGUACUUCUUGUGAGGUAGUUGAAAAUCCAACACUUCUAGAUUUGAUGGAUAUAUCUGCGAAAUCAAAGGAGAGCGUGAGGAAGAUAUUGAGCUCAAAACAGUUGUUUUACCAAGAAAUGUGCUCAUAUCACAAUGGAAAUAGGCUGUAUAUUCCUCAUGAUCAAUCUAUUCAAAGGUCACUGCACUUGGCUCUUAGAAAUAGUGAUGAUCUGGAGUCCCAUGAAUCGAAGGCCUACAGGUCUGACAGCAUCAAUGAUGACGAAGAAAUCGAUGCAAGUGAGAGCCAAAAUGAUAACAAUGAAGAAAAGCAUCCUCUGCAUGAUGAUCUUCGUUCAACAAGGGUGUCUACUAAGAGGAAGAAACCAAGAGAGCCUGAAUAUUUGGAUGCAGAUCACGUCAUGGAUUUUAUUGCUACCAAAAAAUCUACUCCUCAUGAUCAUGCAAGAACUAACCAAGUGCCUGGUCAGGGCACCACUCUAGACUGGCAAAGAAACCCGUGGUUCAUGUCCCGCACUGUUCAGUUGGAGGAAAAGAAGUUACAAAUUGAAGCUGAAAUGCUGGAGUUGGAAAAGCAGCGUCUCAGAUGGCUAAGAUUUAGUGAGCUUGAAGAUAGGGACUUAGAGAAGAUGAGACUGGAAAAUGAGUAUUUAAAGCUUGAGAAUGAGCGAUUAGCAUUAGAAAUUAAACGCCAAGAAAUGGGUGGCCAUGCCAACUAAAUUUUUCAUUCACUGGCUAGUUUUUGUCACUUCACCCUUUGCAGGUGCACACUGCUCAACUUGUACAUUCAUUGCAAAGUUUUUCAGUGAGUGAAGUCUGGUGUAUCAUCAGAUCAGUAUCAUAGAC